GCUUUAAAACAAGCAGUUCCAGAGAAUACAGUAAUUGAUAUUAUCUCAUUAAAAAGACUAGAUAUAAGUAUUACCCACAUUUUUCCAACACAACAAAUACUAGCAAUUGUAUCUGAUAACGAUAAGGAUAAU